AUGAACGACCCUGCAUCGGAGGCCAACGACUUGAUCUUUUGCGAGGACAAGUCCGAGCAGAAGUACAAAAACACCACUCAGGCCCACUUCCCGAACCUCACACCCCCACACAUCUGCAGGCUGGCCAGGGAGACGGCCUCAGCCCUGCCAUCUGGCAUCCCUGAUCCCGAUCAGGAACCGGUUAGUGGCCUGCCGGGCUGGGACGACACCUCGCUGCCGCCUGGGUCCAUCGAUGAUGCUGAUAACACGGCGCCGGCAUGCGGCAUGAAGACCGCGUCUGUGGAAAUGCGGGACUCGAGAAUCGCUUUUAGGCACCUCUCCGCCCUCGUUCUCCUCCUCUCUGUCGUCGUCCUGCUUGUCGAUACUGACAAGAGCAAAGUCGUCAUGAAGUCUCUCAAGUUCAUUGCCGCUUCUGUGGCGGCGGCGCUGCCGUUCUCCCUGGGAGCGCCGUCGCUCCCUCGAAGUGAGGAUGCGGCGUCGGCCUUCCUUUCCGAAGUAAUUGCGGAGGUCAAGGGUCUGGACGAUGACAAUCUUCACGGCUCGUGUGCGAACCCUCUCAAGGUCGACCUCGGAUAUGCCAAGUAUGAAGGCUACACCAACACUACCAGCGGCUUGAACAGUUGGAGGGGCAUCCGUUACGCGGCGCCCCCAGUCGGCGCUCUUCGUUGGCAGCCACCUCAGCCGCCAUCGCCGGACCUCUUCAACGGGACAACGGCGGCGACGGAGUUCGGCUCAAUCUGCCCCCAAAACUUUCCAGUCUUCCCUGGCCUUCCUCCCUUCAUACCUGCUUCCGAGGACUGUCUGUUCCUGAACGUCUACGCGCCGCCCAACGCCAAGGACCUCCCGGUUAUGGUCUACAUCCACGGCGGCGGUUACGGUUACGGGGAUGGGCUGCAGGACAUGUCGGCGUUGAUCAACGAUAAUGGAAACAGCUUUAUUGUGGUGGUCAUUCAGUACAGGCUCGGUGCUUUCGGGUUUCUUUCGUCCGCAGACAUCAAAUCUCGCGGGGCGGUGAACGCGGGACUGUUGGAUCAGGUGUAUGCGCUACGCUGGGUUCACAAGUUCAUCCACCAGUUUGGCGGAGACCGUAAGAGGGUUACGAUCGCGGGAGGAUCUGCCGGCGCAUCGUCCAUUAUGUAUCAUGCGCUUGCGGCGGAUGGAACUCUCGGGUCGCUCUUCUUCACGAAUGCAAGAUCUCCGUAUCUUCCGUUCCAGUAUGACUACGACGCCGGAUUCCCUACCCAGCGGUACACCUCCUUCGCUGAGAAGGCGGGAUGCGCAUCCGCAAGUGACGUCCUCGAGUGUCUCCGGGGAAAAGACAGCAUGACGCUUCAGGUAGCCAGCGGAACCGUCAACUCGGAGCAGGCAUACGGGUACUGGGCUUUUUAUCCCGUCACUGAUGGCGUGUAUGUUAAGAACCGAGCGAGCGAGCAGCUGAGCCAGAAGAAGGUCAACGGCGAGCGUCUUCUAGUCGGGACCGCCGCAAACGAAGGAGCCCUCUUUGUUCGCCCAAACAUUGUUACCCUCGACGACCUCAAAGGCUGGUUGAAGCUAGAGUUUCCCAACUUCUCAGAGGAGCAGAUCGAAGAGGUCCUGGCCGCAAACCCGACCAAGACGGGGGCAAAUGACACACGCUUCGACACGAACGGUCUGACGGGGCUCACGGCUCUCGACGUCAGCCAGGCUGGAACGGGACAGCUACAACGAGGAUAUAACAUCUACGCCGAGGCAACCUUCGUCUGCCCGAGCUACUGGUUCGCCACCGCCUUCACAUCUCCCAAGUCCGCGUGGCACUACCAGUACUCCAUCCCCUUCGCCUCCCACACCACGGAUUUCCUGGCGUACUUCGGCCCUGCGACGCCCAACCAGGGACCCGACUUCGCCCUUGCAGGCCGCAGGAUCUGGGGCAACUUUGUCACGAAGAACGACCCGUCCAUCAGCAACGAGAUCGCCAACGGCGCGUCGAGCGAGGAUCCAACUGCGGAGAACGGCGCCAGCGAGUGGCCGGAGUGGACGGAGACGGAGCCAAAGCAGCUGAAUCUGAACCAGACUGGCGGCGUCGCGUAUCAGGAGGUCAUGUCGUGGGGCGCCUCGGUGACGCAGUUCCGCGCGCCGGGGCAGAAGAAUGCGUUUGCGGUUGUGCCGGCGGACUCGUGGGAGGGGGGUCGCGGAGAGAGAUGUGAGUUUUGGAAGAAGAUUGCGCCGAGAAUCCCUUCGUAG